AAAUUCCAUUCAAAUGGUGUACUUCACUCGUACACGUCAUUGAGGAAGUAAAGGCUACUGCAGGAAAGGCACUUUAAUACGUCUUCAAUUCUACACUCCACACUCAUUUCACGAUCACCGGAAAAUAAUCUAAAGAAUGGCACAGAAGGUGCUGGUCACGGGCGGUGCAGGCUACAUUGGGAGUCACUGCGUAGUGGAGCUUAUUGAAGCUGGCUACCAACCCAUUGUGGUUGACGAUUGCAGCAAUGCUGUAAAAGAUGGAGGAGAAGCAGGUGUGCCUGAGAGUUUACUUAGAAUACAGAAGUUUCUGGACACCAGCAUUGAGUUUCAUGAACUUGACCUUCUGGACAAACCUGCCCUGGAAGGAGUUUUUAAAAAGCAUUCUUUCAGCGCCGUGAUGCAUUUUGCUGGCCUGAAGGCCGUUGGAGAGUCGGUGCAGCAGCCGUUACGCUACUUCAAGGUCAACCUUACCGCCACCAUGAACCUACUUGAGGUGAUGCAGAUUUACGGGGUACACAAUCUGGUGUUCAGUAGUUCGGCCACUGUGUACGGAGACCCUCAGCGUCUGCCCAUUGAUGAGAAGCACCCUGUUGGAAACUGUUCCAACCCUUAUGGCAAAACCAAGUUCUUCAUUGAGGAGAUGAUCAAGGACCAAUGCAAGGCUGACAAGAGUUGGAAUUCAGUAUUGCUGCGGUAUUUCAACCCCAUCGGUGCGCAUUCCUCUGGCCUCAUUGGAGAGGACCCUCGGGGUAUCCCCAAUAAUUUACUACCAUACGUUGCUCAGGUUGCUGUUGGGAGAAGGAAGGUGCUCAGUGUAUUUGGAAAUGACUAUGACACACCAGAUGGGACAGGUGUGAGAGAUUAUAUUCAUGUUGUUGAUUUGGGAAAGGGACACAUAGCUGCGCUGAAGAAGCUGAAGGACAAUUGUGGCUGCAAGGUUUACAACCUCGGAACAGGAGUCGGGUACUCGGUGCUCCAGAUGGUGGAUGCCAUGAAGAAGGCAUCAGGGAAAGACAUUCCUUAUAAGAUAGCUCCUCGUCGAGAAGGAGAUGCAGCAUGCUGUUAUGCCGACCCUGGCCUGGCUGAGAAGGAACUCGGCUGGAAGGCUGACUUUGCACUGGAAAGAAUGUGUGAGGAUGUUUGGCGCUGGCAGUCGAUGAAUCCCACCGGAUAUUCCAAAGAGGGAACUUUUUGACAUAGUUUUUUUUUUUUUUUUUUUUUUUUUACUUCUACAAAAUCAAAGGGACUAAGCACACAGGGUUUUUUUUUUCUUCAUAUUUCAAGUAAUAAUAUCAAGGGGGAAUAUGAAUACCAUAUAUAUUUUAUGUUUAGCCCAUUGGAGAGGGAACCUAAGAAUGUGAUGACUGAAGUGGGUGUUUAAAAUCAACCCUACAUACCUCACAAAAGUAUAAUGAAAUAUAAUAUAAUGGGUAUACUCUAUCUGUAUGAUUAAAUACACAUUCAGACUUGUUUUAAAAUUGCUAUAUUCUAAUAAUCAUCAAGGGUGUUAAUUUAAAAUUCCAAGUAUUGCUGUAUAUGCAAAGUGAUGGCAUCCCACCACUUUUAAGACAUUGUUAGAAAAUACAGACAAUACAGCCUCACCAAUAUUUUUAAAGCAGAUGUAAUGCCUCCACUUAUGUAUUUUAUUUUUUGACCAUGGUGACCUGCAGAUUUUCUUCAAAUCUAUUGUGUCCCAGCUGUGCUAAAGGUUCGCAUUGAAAUAAAUAGAGCCAUUAAAUUGACAAGCGCAGUAGAACACUAAUGACUUUUAAACAUUUCAAUUUUUUUUUUAAUUUACUUUAUUCCUAUACCCCAUUAGCUUUUGUUUGAAAUAGGUGUGCAACUUCCUUUCUAUGACAGUUACAGACUUUAACAAUGUGGGAAGGCCAGUUGUUGCAUCUUAUAGGAGAAAACAAUGAACAAUCUCCAAACCUCUGUGGCGAGACACUACCUACAGUCAUAAAGUUGACCCCAUUCUGUCAAAAGAAGUUGGACACAAUCAUAUUUAGCUUAAAACAGACCUAGGGGUGAGCCAAACCUACGACUUUCCACUGCAUGGAAACUACACAACCGGGACGCUUAAAGUGAACAAACAAUGUCACGAUGAAAUUGCACGUAAUAACAUCAAAAGUUUGAGAAGCUCCUAAAUGGUGGUUUUCGUGCUAAAGUCAGCUCUUCACCAGGCAGCACUGUUGAAAAUAUUGUCUGCGAUUUAUUACUUUUCAGAAAGCUGGUGGAGAAAUUUGUGUGACACACUUUAAUUUGAUGUACAAUAAAUACUGUAUAGUAACUUCAUAGUUUAGCUUUAUCUGGCACUCCUUUCAUAUUAUGAAACUCCUCAAUGGUUAAGAGUAAUUUAUUCAAUAUCAAUCAAACAGCUCUGUACAUAUAUUUGUUUUUCACAUGGUAAGUAUAAGGCGAACACCUGCCGAAAAAAAAAAAGGUUUAGGUCCCUACCUGGAUG